UAUUUUGUCUCUAGAUCUCCUGCCUCCGUCCUCCUGCGUCCAACUGCGUCCUGAUUAGAGUGUUUAUACGAAGUCUCCUCUUCGUCAUUCCCGUCUUUCCCGCCACUUCUGUUUAUUUAUAUGUUUUUUUUACGCCAUGUGCCAUGUACCAAGGGUGCGAGGACUCACUCAUCUCACUCAUCUCACACACAAAUCUCUACUUCCAGCAGCCAGGAUGAUGUAAGGAUGUAAACAAUAUGGAUCAUUAGUUGGGAUCUACACACUGUAUCUGUGCUUGAGUAACUGCAAACUCCGUACUACUGUACACUUUAUACACUGUUUAUACUGUAUAUCCUGUAUAACUAUUGACGCUCGGGCUGCUCUGCGGCUUGGUACAGCAUCAAUCACCGCAAGACCUGUCCCACUUGUUGUAUCUCCUACCUUACCUUAGUGAGCUUCUUCUAUCCCUUCUCCGCCCACUCCCUCAUCUCUCCUUCUCCCUCCUCUUCUUCUUUUCCCACGAUAAGCCUUCAAUAACCUCUAAUUCCCAGUCACUCGCUUUCCCAUUCGUUCGCAUUGCGCCUCUUUCUUCUCUAAUACCUUCGUUUUAGUUUUCGUGCUCUUGAGAUUUGGUUUUCCCGCAUCGACAGAAGUUACCUCCCACAUCAUUUACUACCUCCCUCUAUACACAUAUACCUACGCUUUACACCUUCACACGAAAGACUACUCGAGAUGUUCUGGUCCAAGGUCUUCGGCGUUGCCGCCCUCGCUGUGGCAGUUGCUGCUCAAGAGCAGUACUAUAUCGCGCCAUCGAGCGUGCUUCUCACAACAAGAGAGGUCUGGUGUAAUGACCAAACUAGCACCUGCCCGCUGUUGUGCACACAAUACCCAGGUGGCUCCAUGACCACCGCCGCGAACGACUGCGACCCUGAAACCCUCACAUACAACUGCACCUGCGGCAACGGCAUCUCCCCCAACAUGACCGAGUACAGCCUCACCAUCCCCUUCCACAUCUGCAUCGAAUGGGGCCAGCAGUGCGUCGCCGGCUGCGGCGGCGUCAACACCUGCCAGGCCGCCUGCACCGAGGACCACCCCUGCGGCGCCCAGGACCCUUCGCGCGGCAACGCCACGGCCACCACCACCAGCGGCGCACCAGCAGCUACCAGCUCCGCCCCAGUCGUCCACGACGGUUUCGGUGACAGCAGCACUACUGGGUCGUCGACUGUGGCUAAGCCCAAUGCUGCUCGCGCUGCUCUCGAUCUCGGGAGAAGCUAUGGCCUGGCUAUCGUGUUUGCGGGUAUCUUCGCGGCUUUUGGAUUUGUCAUGUAACGCGCUUAUUUGGCGGGUUAAUGGACGUGACGACGAUGGGAUUCUUCUUUUCAUCACCUCUCGUCCGAACUACACUACAUCUCUCUCUCAAUCACUCGUUCUUCUUUUUUGAGUCGCGCUUGAGCAUUACUCUCUCACUUUAGCGCUGCAUAUAAUUCAGUCCUUUCCGCGAAUUGAUCAAGUUGGGGGGUUCCGGGGAGUACGUAAUUGCCAUUAUUGAGGUGGGGAAUGUUGAGGGCAAAGGUGGAAAAAUGGUUGCUGGGACGGACGACGGCGGUUAAUGCAGGUUGUGUGUGGAGUGGAAUUGUGAUCUUUCUUGAGAGCUUUUUUGGGCGUUAUUAUACUUUGCUUUUUGGAUUACUUGGAUUUCUGAUUUUCAGUUUUGCGAGGUGUUUUGGGUUUUUCGUGCGCACAAAUAGCUUUUUGUUCAGACCCCAGAUCAGAUCAUGUAAAAGUUGUUCUUCGCGUUAAUUGUCAGCAAGAUCAAGUUAGUUCAUCAGUCCAUCCAUCCAUCAUCUCGGCAUCUUCAUCCUUCAACAUCACGUGUGAUCCUUCCCCAGUAACCAUUCAGGUUCCAAUCGUAGAACUUCCAUCCUUCCCUUGCCGUGAUAGAUUCAGUGGAGCCAGAUUGUAUUUCCUAUUUCGUAGAAGGGAUCCAUUGUUUUUCCCGCCGAACAUAACCAGUAAUAGAG